CUGUCAAAAAGCGUCGGCUUUGCGAAAUAAAAAGAAAAAAAAAGUUAAAUGAAGCUGUGAAACAAGAUCGUGCUGCACUGUGCUGUGUCGAUGGGAGAAGAAAAUCGAAUGUUUUUCGAGAAAAUUCAUGUUCCACUAGUGUACAGAACGACACUGUUUUUGUUGUGUUGGUGGGUUCGUGGUUUGAAAAUUACGUGUAUUGUGCCUGUGUGUGCGUGUGUUUAUUGUGCGUACAGAAGAAGACGCGUUUGGCGGGAUCCAGAAAGGUGCUUUCGACACGAGAUCUACAAACGGAAGCUUUUACCAUCUGCAAUCAAGGGGUGCUCUAGGCAGGUUCAUCUCCACGGCAACCGAGAUCAUGUCGCUGCGCGGAUUCAGAAAGCCUGCACAGAAUGGGAAUACCGAUGGGAAUGAAGCUGGAGAUGGAAAGCUUUCCCUGAUCCCGGGAAGAAAGCGCAUUCAGAUGAUGGGAGAUAGUGAUAGCGAGAGUGAUGCAUCAACUACCCCGAUUAAACCAGUACCGAUCCCGGUUGUUGGUGCUGUAAAAGAGAAUGGUGCUACCAAGUCACCAGCAGCACUUACAAUUAAGGAAAAGGAGCUGCGACUUCAGAUGGUAAGGCAGGCCUGCAUGGAGGUCGAUGCAAUGCUGCUACAAUCCUCGUUGGUAUCCAAUGAGUGGGAUGUUGGCAAAGCAAUAGAAGAACUGAAAAAAACUGCCGUCAAACGAAAAAUCAUCGUCAGCCCAUCGCCCGUAAAGCCGGCGACCGCCGAAACGGCGACUAAUGGGAAGGAAAAAAAUCAGCAACAAGCGAAGAAGAGACGUGUGCAGGAACCGAACAGGAGCGAUGACGAAAGCGACGUAGACUCGGACCGUCCUGCCGAACAGGUGUUCGACAGCGAUGAGGACAGUGAUGGUCACGGCGGAAGCUACAGCCAUGGGAAGCUGUCAAAUGAGCGCAAAAAUGUACUCGAAUUCCUUAACACUGCCGGGCUGAACGAGAUGAUUUGUGUGAAAACAUUGUCAAUGAAAAAGAUCGAACUGUUGCUAGAACAGCGCCCUUUCAAGGAUUGGUCGAAUCUGGUGGACAAGCUGAAAUCUCACCGAUCGCUUCAAACGGAUAUAUUGAACUAUACGCAGGAGUAUUUGACGCGACGUAAAAACAUAGCGGCAAUGAUGAGCAAAUGUAAAAAAAUCACCAAAAAGCUUGAAGAGGCAAUAGCGUCCGGCAGCGGCACGUUGGUGGAGCAGCCGGGAAACAUUGCGGAUGGAUUCAAGUUAGCCGAGUAUCAGCUGGUUGGCUUGAACUGGCUCACGAUCAUGUACCGGCACAAAAUGAACGCCAUCCUGGCAGACGAGAUGGGUCUCGGAAAGACGAUCCAGAUCAUUGCGUUCCUCGCCUGGUUGAAGGAAAACAAUCACCAGGAACGACCGAACCUGGUAGUGGUACCAUCUUCCACGAUGGACAACUGGGAGCAGGAGCUGAUCAAGUGGUGCCCAGAGCUAGUGAUACUGAAGUACUAUGGAAGCCAAGCUGAGCGACGCAUGAUACGAGUGGAUUGGGCCAAGAAUGGUAUCAACGAGGUAGACGUCGUGCUAACCACGUAUCACAUGAUGGGUGCCUCUGGCGAGGAGAAAAAAAUGUGGCGCGUAACGCAGUUCGACUAUGUGGUGUUCGACGAAGCUCACAUGCUGAAGAACGUUCACUCCCAGCGAUACCAGAACCUGAUACGUAUCAAUGCAAAGUAUCGCAUUUUGUUGACGGGCACCCCGCUGCAGAACAACUUGCUCGAGCUGAUGUCGCUGCUAUGUUUCGUGAUGCCCAAGCUAAUUGGCAGCAAGGUGGAGGAUAUCAAAACACUAUUCCAGGGCAAAGUGAAAACAAACAAAGGAGAAGGGGAGGAGGAACUGUCCUCGUUUGAGAAAAAUCAAAUUGAUCGGGCAAAGUUAAUUAUGAAACCGUUUGUUCUUCGCCGUCUCAAAAAGGAUGUGCUCGCGUUCUUGCCUCCCAAAAAGGAAGUUGUUCUGAAAACCUCGAUGAUCGAUUCACAGCAAGAAAAAUAUAAUGAAAUCGUCAACGAAUACCAGAAUGCAACAGGAAAAGUUAAGGAUUAUACCGAAAUAAGCGGAAUGUCCAUCAUGAUGGAUUUAAGGAAACUUGCCAACCAUCCUCUGCUGUUGAGAUACUACUAUUCUGACGACGAUGUACGCAAUAUUGCAAGAAAAUUGGCAACUGAUCCAGAUUAUAAAGGCACCAAAGAGGAUGAUAUUUUCUAUGACAUUGCGUACCUGUCCGACUUUAAGCUGUACGAAAUGAGAGAUAAAUAUACGACAUUGUACGAUUUGCAGCUGCCAGAAAAGUUGAUCACUUCUUCGGGUAAAUUCCGACAGUUGGAUGAGUUGCUGCCGAAGAUGAAGGAAGAAGGGCAUCGCGUACUGAUCUUUAGCCAGUUUACCAUGAUGCUGGAUAUUAUGGAACGAUACCUAAAAAUUCGUAAACAUGGUUUCCUGAGGCUGGACGGUUCGACCGCCGUAACUGAGCGGCAGGAGCUGAUCGAUCAGUACACGCAAGAUCCAGAUCUGUUCAUAUUUCUGCUGUCCACCAAGGCGGGCGGAUUGGGCAUUAAUUUGACCGCAGCGGACACCGUAAUCAUACAUGACAUUGACUUCAAUCCGUACAACGACAAGCAGGCAGAGGAUCGGGCCCAUCGAAUGGGUCAAAAGAAACCCGUUACGAUUUAUAAGCUGAUAUCGGAAGGAACGAUCGAGGAAGGCAUGCUAAUGAUUGCACAGCAAAAGCUGCAGUUGGAGAAGGAUGUCACGGAGCAGGACGGCAAAAACCCAAUGGAUGAUCACAAAUGCAUGGUUGGCUUGUUGACGAUGGCGCUCGGUUUGGACGAAAAGAAGGCCGAAACAAUACUGAAGAACGAGUCUCCCAUGAAGAAGCCGAUGCAGGAAGAGUUUUAAUUGCCAGCAGCUAACCGGAAGAAAUAUACUUACUUGGCAUCGGUUUUACGUUAGCGUUACCUGAAAUCCCCCGGAGCUGGGCAAAGGGGAAAAAGAACGACAUGCGGCUACUAGGGCUGAUUGUUAAACGUAUCUCUCUUAGAAUGAGAGCAAAUCGUGUUGCUUGGCUAGAUUAUUGUGAGCAGCUCUAGCUGGUAGUUCUAGAUGGACUUAAUUUCUGAAGAUUGCACAUUUUUUAUUAUUACUAUUAUAUUUAUACGAGCUACGGCAGAUGGAGCCCUGUGAAGCAGAGACAUAAUGUGUAGUUGAUUAAUGGAAGCAAAUAUAUUUGUCCACUAUUUGUUAAGAAAAUGAAAAAGACAAAAU